GGACCACUUUCAAAUCCCUUUUGAAGCAAAUCAUUUCCUUCAUUCACCGCUUCUCAUUCAGUCCUCCCAACUCCCAAAGUGUGCGGCUCUCAGCCAGAACCCUUUUGCUGCCAUUGUUUACUAGCCAACCCAUCUUCUUCGUCUUCUGUGUCUCGAUUUCGCACGCCCAUUGUCUUCUCCACGCCUGCUCAAAUGCCCCGCACGCGAGCUAUCUUCACCUUCACUUUUCUAUAGCACGCGAGUGUGGUGUACCGAUAUAUGAUUACAACAGAUCUGGCUUUUAUGGUUUGAAUUCCGCGCUUCUACGUUUUGUUUUGUUUUGUUUUUUUUUUUGUUUUCCUUGGCUUGAAGGGAGCAAUGGUUGCGGAGCCUUGGAUUGUAAAGAUAGGUAGUCAGGUAAGCUCCAAUCUCAGACACAAGCUCCUUCUCGAACCUUCAAAGAGGAAGAGCCCCAAGAACAACUAUGUCCCAAAGCAAACCAUAGGCAUCCUUUCCUUCGAGGUAGCCACCGUUAUGUCAAAGACCGUUCUUCUCCAUAAAUCCCUGACCGAUUCCGAGAUCUCCAAGCUCAAGACCGAGGUCUUGAAAUCCGAAGGAGUGUUAAACCUGGUGUCCUCCGACGAGGUCCACCUUCUGGAGCUCGCUCUGUCGGAGAAGCUCGACGACUUGAACCAUGUCUCCUGUGUGGUGUCUAGGCUGGGCAAGAAAUGCACCGAGCCGGCCUUGCAAGGGUUCGAGCACGUGUAUGGGGACGUCGUGAGUGGGGUUAUUGAUGUGAGGGAAUUGGGGUUUUUGGUGAAGGAUAUGGAGGGAAUGGUGAGGAAGAUGGAGAGGCUUGUGAAUGCGACGGCAAACCUGUACACUGAAUUGGAGGUGUUGAAUGAGCUGGAACAGUCGACGAAGAAGUUCCAGCACAAUCAGCACAAGGAGAGUAAGAGGGCUUUCGAGCAGAAACUGAUUUGGCGCAGGCAGGACGUGAGGCAUCUCAAGGAAAUUUCUCUUUGGAACCAGACGUACGAUAAGGUUGUGGAGCUCUUGGCCAGGACGGUGUGCACAAUAUACUCUAGGAUUUGUAUCGUCUUUGGGGACCCUGCAAUGAAAUCGAAGAACAGCCAAAGUGGGCUUGAUUUGCAUCGUCGUCUCCAGACGGGUUCGGGCGCGGAGCAAUUGAAACGGGUUUUCAGUAGGAGUAGUGAGAACCAUUCGGUGGAGAAAAAGGUGACAAGCUACAAGUCUCAAUUUGAUUCUCGGAGGGGUGAGGUAGCACUGUUUCGACCCGAAGAGUUUAGUUUCCCGUGUGGAACGAGCCCCGGGAGGCUUUUCAUGGAUUGCCUUAGCUUAAGCAGUUCGGUUUCCAAGUAUGAUGAAGACGAUGAUGACGGUGAUCGAGACGACCGGAUUAGCCGAGUUUCAAGAGUUUGUAUCUCUGGCAAUGCUGGUCGGAAAAGAGAGCACGUGAAUUACUCUAAUCACGUUAAUCGAUCCCAAACUGGUGUUCCAUUUAGUGGGGAUCAACGAGAAUACAAGUCCGGUGUAAUGCAAAGUGCUCGUUUCGGUCCCAAGAGCCGGUUGACGGUCUAUGCUCCUUCCACCACCGUAGGAGGCUCUGCUUUAGCCUUGCAUUAUGCAAAUGUCAUAAUUAUCAUUGAGAAGUUGCUUCGCUACCCUCAUCUUGUGGGCGAGGAAGCUAGGGAUGAUUUGUAUCAGAUGUUACCUACGAGCUUAAGAAUGUCUCUGAGGACUAAUCUCAAGUCCUAUGUCAACAAUCUGGCAAUAUAUGACGCUCCUCUUGCUCAUGAUUGGAAGGACAAUCUUGAUGGCAUUCUAAAGUGGCUUGCGCCACUUGCACAUAAUAUGAUCAGGUGGCAAAGUGAGCGAAAUUUUGAGCAACACCAAAUUGUUACGCGGACAAAUGUUCUGUUGCUUCAGACACUCUAUUUUGCCGAUAGGGAAAAGACAGAGGCAGCAUUAUGUGAGCUUCUAGUUGGGUUGAAUUACAUAUGUCGCUACGAGCAUCAGCAAAAUGCGUUACUAGACUGUGCCAGCAGUUUUGAUUUUGAGGACUGCAUGGAAUGGCAAUUGCAAUGUGGAGCUACUUACCUUCAUUGACCACAUUGGAUAUCAUGAAUAUAUAAUUGGGUGGUAGAGCAUUUUUUUUAGUUCCUUAUACAACAAUGAACUCACAGAUGAUAGUUCAACAGGAUGUGAAUACCUGAGCUUCGCACACUGAAGACUUUUUAUUGUUAAGGACUGAUUUACUAAUGUAUCAUGUUGCAAGGUACAAGAAGUUUGAAUUCUGAAGUACAUAAUUCCAAUUAUUUAUGCAAAAGAAGUAUCGUUUUCUUUC